GUCCAAGAAAGCUGCUUUCAAGGCAGGGCUCCAUUUCCAGACCUGACAGCAGAGAGGAACACCACAAGUGGCACAGAGGGGGGGGAAACCUAGAAAUCCAGAAAUCAGGGUCACAGGGCAACCCAGAGGGCAAGGAAUCUGCUUGCUAGGCCAGCCUGCUUGCUAUACAUUGGAGGCUGAGAAGACCCCCCUCCUCUGUCUGCAACAGCUCUGGCAAAGGACUUGAGCACAGAAUUAAUAUUUGGUGCAGAUGGCAGGAGCAACAAAACAACCAGUGUUUGGCUAUUUUAAUGAGGUCCUGGGAGAAGCAGAAUUUUAGAAGAGGCCCUCAAUGAUGUCAUUAACUUUUCAGGGUUGCCAGAAUGAAAACUGGGGAGGGCUCCUUUACCUUGAAUGAUCAUGUAGAAGAUGGAAUUUCAGCAGGUGGUAAAUUAAACAGGCAGCGGUUGCAUGUUCUCUUGCCAGUCUGAAGUGACUAUUUGGAAUGGAGCUCGCAAAUGUUCAGGAUGUUGUCACCCAAUUGAACAUCCAUGGCCUGACACUGGCUUUCAAGAACAUUAGUUACUCUGUCACCACACCCUGGACAUUCCCUUUCAAAGGGAGAGAAGAAAAAGAAGUUCUCAGCGAUGUCAGUGGUAUUAUGAAACCUGGGAUGAAUGCCAUCUUGGGGCCAACUGGAAGUGGGAAAACCUCGCUCCUUGAUGUCCUAGCAGGAUGGAAAGACCCCAAAGGACUCAAAAGUGGACAAAUCUUUAUGGAUGGAAAGCUGGUAGAUGCUAACUUUCAUAAGUGUUCUGCCUAUGUAGUACAGGAGGACAUUCUGACUGGAACACUCAGCAUCCGUGAGAAUCUUCAGUUCUCUGCCAGUCUGCGGCUACCAAAAAACAGAAACAGCAAUGCAGAGAAGAAGCUCAAGGUUGAUGCUGUGAUACAGGAGUUGGGCCUACAGGACUGUGCAGACACCAAAAUUGGGACUGAAUUCCUGCGUGGUGUUUCAGGGGGUGAGAAGAAAAGGUGCAGCAUUGGCAUGGAACUGAUCACUUCACCAUCCCUUAUCUUUCUGGAUGAGCCAACCACAGGACUGGAUGCAAAUACAGCUAAUUCGAUUAUGCAACUGUUGCACCAGCUUUCCAGAAAAGGAAGAACAGUGAUCUUCUCUAUUCAUCAGCCACGCUUCUCUAUCUUCAAGUUGUUUGACCACCUGACUUUAAUGAACAAGGGGGAAAUAAUCUUUGCAGGGCCAGCAGAUGAAGCCACAGCCUAUUUCAAUGGCAUUGGCUAUCACUGUGAACAAUUUAACAACCCCUUGGACUUCUUUCUGGAUGUGAUCAGUGGAGAGGUCGUGCAAUCCCAGUUUAGAGAAAGUUUAGGCAAUAAAAAAGACAUCCGUUUCUCCAGCAACUCGUCUCUUGAUAAGAACACACUGUCCAACUAUUAUCGCCAAUCUGCCUACUAUGAACGUCUGCAAGAGGACUUGAAAAGCCUGCAGUCAUUUCAGAACCACUGCUUUGAUACCACCCCAUCAAAACCCACUUAUGUUACCUCAUUCAUUCACCAGCUGUACAUAGUCAGUUGUCGUAAUAUGAAGCAACUCCUGAGGAACCCUCAGACCUCCUUCGGUCAACUCCUUUUGGGUAUUGUCUUCUCUGUGUUGGUUGGGCUUAUUUACUACCAAAUACCUGACACUCUACCUGAAGCCCUACAGAACAGGUUGGGAGCCUUCUUUUUCAUGGUCCUCACCCAGAUCUUUGGGAAUCUGUCUGCAGUGGAGCUCUUCAUCUAUGACAGAAAACUCUUCAUUCAUGAAAGUGCCAGGAGUUACUAUAGGACCUCUGCCUUCUUUCUAGCCAAAGUAUUUGCUGAUCUUGUCCCCAAUCGCAUCCUCCCUGUGUUGCUGUUCUCUUCCAUUGCAUACUUCAUGAUGGGUCUCAAACCUGAAGCAGAAUCUUUCUUCCUGUAUGUUUUGUCUCUUAGCCUGACCAACCUUGCAGCGGUGAGCAUGGCUUUCUUAGUGAGCGCCAGUGUCAACACUUUUGCCGUUGCCAACCUCCUGAUUGCCCUGCCGUAUGUCUUCAUGAUGGUCUUCGGUGGAUUUCUUGUAAACCUCAAUACCAUGCUCGACUGGUUGUCCUGGAUCAAAUGGAUCAGCAUUUACAGAUAUGGCAUGAACGCUCUAACCAUCAAUGAACUUAAAGGAUUAGUCUUCUAUUUGAACUCUACCAGGGUCCCUGGGGAGCUUUACCUGAAGCAGCAAAAUAUUGACUAUAGCACUUGGGGCUUCUGGGAGAAUGAGCUGGCCCUCUUCUGUUUGGCAACUGUGUUCCUCUUUUUUUCUUACAUCCAGCUUUUAAGAAUAAACCGGUGGAAGUAAACCACCUUUGCAAGAAACCUGGCAGCUAUACAAAACCUUGCUGGAAUCUUCUUGUCUAUGAUCUUAAUAAAAUUAGGAUAUAGUAGCCAA